AUGCAUAAUCAUCAUUUACCCAUGGCUUUCCCUAUCUUUUUCCUUCUCUUCAUUUGCCUUCCAUUUUCCUCAGCCAAACUCGACGUUAACUACUACAAAAAAACAUGUCCCGACUUCGAAAAAAUCGUCAGAGAACACAUUUACACCAAACAAAGCUCUAGCCCAGCAACAGCACCCGGCAUCCUCCGUCUGUUUUUCCACGACUGUAUCACCGACGGUUGUGACGCUUCCAUCCUUAUCUCUUCCAACGCCUACAACCCUCACGCCGAACGUGAUGCUGAACUCAACCUUUCCCUCUCCGGAGACGCAUUCGACAUCAUUGUCAAAAUAAAAAAUGCAUUGGAGCUAGCAUGUCCCGGUAUUGUUUCGUGUUCAGACAUCGUUGCACAAUCCACAAGAGACCUUGUUAAGAUGGUUGGUGGCCCGUUUUAUCGAGUUAGGUUAGGAAGAAAAGAUAGUCUCGUAUCAGAUGCCGCAAGAACGAACGAAAGUCUUCCAACAGCAACAAUGACAAUGGAUGAAAUCAUCAAGAAGUUUACCGCAAAGAAUUUCACUAUCAAGGACAUGGUUGCUUUAACUGGUGCACACACAAUAGGUUUCACUCACUGCAAAGAAUUCAGCAACAGAAUCUUCAACUACAGCAAAACUUCUGAGAUCGAUCCAACUCUUCAUCCUAAACUUGCUGCAGGUUUGAGAAAAGUGUGUCAAAAUUACACCAAGGACUCUUCCAUGGCUGCUUUCAAUGAUGUGAGGUCACCAGGGAAAUUCGAUAAUGCUUUUUUUCAAAAUGUGUUGAAGGGUUUGGGAUUAUUGACAUCUGAUUAUAUUUUGGGUGUUGAUCCAAGAACAAGGCCACUUGUAGAACUGUAUGCAAAAGAUGAACAAGCUUUCUUUCAAGAUUUUUCCAAGGCAAUGGAGAAACUUUCUGUGCAUGGAGUGAAGAUUGGUAAGAAAGGUGAAGUGAGGAGCAGGUGUGAUCAGUUUAACCAUAUUCCUAAAUAG